AUGUCUCGAUUCUUUCACGGCGAUAGCUCCAGCGAGAGCAGCUCCGACGAGGAGGAAUUGUACUCUGAGGAGGAGCAAGAGAACGCAGAGGACAGCGAAGAUGAAAGCAGCGAGGAAGAAGAGGAGGGAUACGAUGAUGACUCCAGCAGCGACGAAGAGGGAGGCCGCACGGGUGCCAGCAGAUUCUUGCGAGAGGCAUCCGACGAGUCAGAAGAAAGCGACGAGGAGAAAGUCACAGUCGUCAAAUCCGCCAAGGACAAGCGAUUCGACGAACUCGAGGGUACUACCCGACUGAUCGAGAAUGCCGAGAAAAUCAGCGACUGGAACGCUAUCAACGAACAGUACGACAAGAUGAACCGGCAACUCCCUACCCUCAUUCGCGACCUUGACGGCAAGCCACCGAAGAUGUACAUCAAGACCAUCGCAGAUCUCGAGACCCAGGUCGCCGAGGCUUUCGAGAAGCAAAAGGUCACGCCCGGAAAGAAGAUGAACCCGAUUGCACAGAAGGGCCUGAACGCUCUGCGACAGAAGAUCAGGAAGAACAACCGCGAUUAUGCCACAGAAAUCGAGACGUUCCGGAAAGACCCAGAUGACUACAUGAAGGAGGAGGUUGUAGAGGAGGUUGCACCUGCACCGAAGAAGGCCAAGAAGUCUCUUCUCGCCGCCCAAGAGUCCCUCGAUGCCGGAGACGAUGGGUUCACUAUGGUUGGUGCAGGUGGCAAGGCUAUGGUCUACACCCCAGAGAGUAUUCUCAAACACCUUCGUACCAUUGUCGAGUCGAGAGGUAGGAAGAAUACCGACCGCUUGGAGCAGAUCAAAAUCAUGGAGAAGCUUUCGGACGUUGCGGUCAGCGACUACCAGCGCAUUCGAGUACUCCUCACUUUGAUCGCCACCCGUUUCGACCUUACUUCCGGCACUGGAUCGCAGAUGACACAAGAGCAGUGGAAGCUGGCAUCGCAGGAAAUUGCGCGCCUCCUGUCCAUUCUGGAAGAGAACCGCGGAAUUGUUGUCAUCGAGAACGCCGAGGACUGGGAAGACGAUGAGAAGCAGCCUACUAUCACUCCCGGCGAGGUUUUCAAGAUUCCUGGCAACCUCAUCUCCUUCGCUGAGCGCCUUGACGACGAGCUGACCAGAGUCCUCCAACACAUCGAUCCACACACUGCUGAGUAUGUCGAGCGCCUGACGGAUGAAGGCAUUCUGUACACCAACAUCGUCCGCGCCAUGAUCUACGCCGAGCGCCUCAAAUCGGAGCCCAAGCUGGACGCAUCCCAAGACAACAUCAACCGCAUCGUCAUGCGUCGACUCGAGCACGUCUACUUCAAGCCGUCCCAAGUUGUCGGCAUUCUCGAGGAGAACACCUGGAAAGACAUUCACGAAAAGUAUGACUCCAAGAUCACGCCGCGAACACAAGCCAAGGACAUCACCACCCUCGUCCGAACACUCGCCUCAUACCUCUUCCAACAUGCUGAGGGCAUCAUCAAGGGUCGUGCCUUGCUUUGCGAGAUCUAUUUCCUGGCCCUGCACGACCAAUACUACAAGUCUAGGGACAUGAUGCUCAUGUCACAUCUCCAAGAGACGAUCGGAAGCUUCGACGUCAACACCCAAAUCCUCUACAACCGAACCCUCACCCAAGUCGGCCUGUGCGCCUUCCGUGCUGGUCUCGUCUACGAGUGCCAGACUGCUCUGCAAGAUAUUUGCGGUAGCCAGAGGCAAAAGGAACUGCUUGCACAAGGCCUGCAAAUGCAACGCUACUCUCAAAUCACCCCAGAGCAAGAGCGUCUCGAGAGACAGAGACAACUGCCAUUCCACAUGCACAUCAAUCUCGAGCUGCUGGAGUGCGUCUACCUGACCUGCUCCAUGUUGCUUGAAAUUCCAACGCUCGCCCAGUCUGGCAGCUCGCCCGAUCUUAAGAAGCGUGUCAUCUCCAAGUCUUACCGCCGCAUGCUCGAGUACCACGAGCGCCAGAUCUUCACCGGCCCUCCUGAGAACACCCGCGACCACGUCAUGCAGGCUUCGAAAGCCCUCGCAGCAGGCGAGUGGAAAAAGGCCGCCGACUUCAUCACCACCAUCAAGAUCUGGGACCUUCUGCCAAAGGCUGCCGAGAUCAAGAAGAUGCUCGAAGUGCAGAUCCAAGAAGAGGGUCUGCGAACCUACCUCUUUACCUACGCCCCCUUCUACGACACCCUCAGCAUCGACAACCUGGCCGGCAUGUUCGACUUGGAGCCUCGCAAGGUCGCUGCGAUAGUCUCGAAGAUGAUCCACCACGAGGACCUCGCCGCGGCUCUCGACCAGGUCAACAGCGCCAUCAUCUUCCGCAAGGGUGUCGAGCUCAGCAGACUGCAGAGUCUCUCCCUUACCCUCAGCGACAAGGCACAAGGUCUCAUCGAGGCCAACGAGAGAGUACUGGAGCAGCGAACGCAAGGCACCGCAAACGCCUUCGAGCGUCAAGGUGCACAGCGCGGCGGUCGUGGUGGCAGAGGUGGUGGUGGUCGCGGCGGUCGGGGUAUGCCACGGAGAGGUGGUGGCACUGGGUUCACGGGCGGUGCGCUUGGUAAUGCAAUCAGGGCGCAGUAG